ACAAUUUAUUCAUUUAUGAGAUUUCCUAGAGGCUUUGCAUUUGAUGCUGUUUCUGUCAGGAUCGACUGUGGGUUGGCCAAGUUUCCUUCAUGUGAUAUAGAUUUCCUUAUGGACACAAAGGCAAUGGAUAUGAAUUUGCUGGAAAGUUUGGUUACUUCGACAAGAGAUGUCAAUUCUGAUAAGAUGGUCUCAGACUUGCAACUGAAAGCUUCCAUACGUCACAACAUUCUUCUCCGUGUAGCGCAUUCUAUUGCUGAGGCCCAAUUAAUGGAUAAUGCAUCUUUUGUUCUCUUGGAUAAGACAUUUGAUGAGUUUGCUAGCCUUUGGAUGAAUAUGAAAGUUGAAGUAAAGACCAAAGAAGAUCAUGAAGCUCGACAAUUCAAGUUCAAGCCUCGUGCAUUUAAGAUAGAGAACAUAAUGGAAAUUGACAUAUCAACUCUUGGUGGUUCAUUAGAAAAUGAGAUACUUUCAGAAUGGCAGGAAUUGCUUUCUGAUGAAAAAGUUGCUGAAAAGAGAAAUGCAUGGAAGUGGAUUGGAGGGACCCAUUCCAUCAAACAUAUCCCUUUUGAAUCAGUUAACUGAAUUGUGA